CUCCGAUGCUGAUGUCGACGGACGCCGGACUGCUGCUAUAAGCCAUCAGCAUUAAAACCUUGGCGGAAGUAACCGCGGCGGCGCAGCCUGAUGCAGUCGAGUACUAAGGUAGCAGUAGUCGCGGCUGCGGAGGAUCACUUGGUACUCCGACUACUAGUGCAACGUUGUACCACUUCCAGCAUCACUGUGUGUGGCCUGGGUAUGCAUGCUAGAUCAGGCACUGCCAUCAUCGUUGUGCCCGUGUUCUGCACACUACGUUGAUGUGAGACUCUUUGUUCCUUCAUUAAUCCCUUCUCAGUACGCAGUUUGGCACGGUUGGGGUAUUGAGCGGUCCUCACAAUGUCGUCCUUCUUCUUCUCGGCCCCGGUCGACAUCGACAUCGUGCUCGAUGACGCGGACGAACGCCAAAUGGUCGAUGUCAAACUCGACAAGAACAGACGUGAAAAGGCCCCAUUAUACCUUGACGGCGAAUCCGUGAAAGGCGCCGUCACUAUCAGACCCAAAGAUGGGAAACGGUUAGAACACACCGGGAUCAAGGUGCAGUUCAUCGGGUUGAUCGAAAUGUUCUUUGAUCGAGGCAAUCAUUACGAAUUCCUGUCCCUCGGACAAGAGCUUGCCGCGCCGGGCGAGCUACAACAUCCACAGACUUUCCCCUUCAACUUCAAGAACGUCGAGAAGCAAUACGAAUCAUACAACGGCAUCAAUGUCAAGUUACGUUACUUCAUCCGAGUCACUGUGUCACGAAGAAUGGCCGACGUGAUCCGCGAGAAAGACAUCUGGGUCUAUUCAUACCGCAUCCCACCCGAGACGAACAGUUCCAUCAAGAUGGAUGUGGGUAUCGAGGACUGCUUGCACAUCGAAUUCGAAUACUCCAAGAGCAAAUAUCAUCUGAAGGACGUCAUUGUGGGGAGGAUAUAUUUCCUGCUUGUGAGACUGAAGAUAAAACAUAUGGAGUUGUCCAUCAUCCGGCGGGAGACUACCGGGGUGGCGCCCAACCAAUACAACGAGAGCGAGACGUUGGUGAGGUUCGAGAUCAUGGAUGGCUCUCCCUCGCGAGGCGAAACGAUACCCAUUCGACUGUUCCUCGGAGGCUUCGAUUUGACUCCGACAUUCCGUGAAGUGAACAAGAAAUACUCUGUCCGAUACUACCUCAGCCUUGUAUUGAUUGAUGAAGAUGCUCGCCGAUAUUUCAAACAAUCGGAAAUUGUCUUAUACCGCCAGGCACCAGAGCUGCCACCACCACUAGCGACCGACAGCCCAAGCGUCGGCGGGAAACCACCUGUCCAGCCUCUGCCAGCACCUGCUUGAUUGUCUCUCUUGACACAUUGUACCCGGUUACAUUGUGAACUGUGGAAGUCCUGUCUCUGGAUGUCGCUUGUCUCGGCUAGUCACCUCGACUCUCAAAUACGCGACUACUUGAGGUGCGGCAGGUAAGGAAAUAUUUCCCGCCAAUCACUGUCAGACAUCUGAACCCGAUCCCUAUAUCGACCGGCCAUCGACCAAUUCAGGGGUGGCUCUCCGGGUUACCCCCACCCUUAAUCCUCAGCCGGGGGUCGCCGCGCCGCCCUUGACUGCAUGAAACCAGGGUUGCGCCUCAGGACGCCCGGCGGAAAGACAUGGCAAGAAAACAAACAUUUCAUGCUGGUGCACACAAGUUUAACAUCAGAUCGUUUCGCGUUAGCCGUCUAUUAGGACGAACCAUGAUGCGUUUGGACGGACACGAGCUUACUCUGCAGGCGAAGAUGGCUCUGGUGUUGCCAUGGAAGAGGCACUUUUUCGCCUUCGUUCUAUUCGGACUCCGAUAGUGCUGGUCAAUCAAUAAACCCAUCUUCGUGUCACUUGCUCGUGCGGUGCAUAUCUUUAUGUCUUCAGAGCAGAGGUGCAUCUACACUUUGUAUCAUUUACCAUUCUCCCAUUGGAUCUAUUCAAACCCCCAACCUUCUGCCAAUGUCGUAUGCCAGCGCUCGAGUGACUCCUCA